AUGUCUCGUACGUCGGCGCCCGCGGUGAAGAAUGCCCAUGUCAACUUGUCUACCGACACCAUCAUCGCCAAUCUUCCAGCCGAUGGCCUUCGCUCGAUCAUUCGCACCAUUCUCGUGCAGGCGCCCGAGGUCACGGAUCUUCUGGAAGAGCAAGCCAAGAAGUACUUGCGAAAGACGAUGCCUUCCACUGUCGGCUCGCUGUUCAUCAACGAGGCACCCAGCAGCGCCGGCGCCAGAGAGUCCGACAACUUCUAUGCCACCCAGAAACGAAUCCGGUCAAUGCUAGGCUGUGGCCUUGGGUUCGAGAGUCUCGCCCUGCUUCGAAUUGUGGUGGAACAGGUGGCCGAUCUACACAUAGACCCGAGCACGCGCGAGGGUGCCCGGCUGAUGGACGUCCUAGCAGCGGUGGAUGGAGACAUGGUGCAAGCCAUUACAGCAGUGCAGAAGACACUGCUGAAGCGAGAUGGGUCGAGAGCCCUGACUAACCAAGAGAUCGAGACUAUCGAACAGUUCUCAGUGGCCCUGUUACGAUGCCUGAAAGCGUCCAGAGCACAGGGCUACGAAUUUGUCUUCGAUCGGGGAUUGACCGCCAUCUCUGAAUUUGUGACGAUCGAGGACACGAGUAUUGGAACUGGAAGUGACCACCUCUAUAUCCCAACGUCUAGCAAGGAUGAGGAAAGUAUGCCCAGCACCAUACCGCUUCCACUUGAGACAUUUGAUCUGGGUCCUUUUACGGCGCCUCGGCUCUUUGGUGGCUUGUGGCAGCUUUCCAGCCCUGCUUGGGGGGUGGCUUCACAAGUCAAAAUCAUGCAACAAUUCGCUAAAUACGUCGACACCGGUUAUACAGCAUUUGACAUGGCCGAUCAUUACGGCGAUGCCGAACUCAUCUUUGGACGGUUUAGAGCAUCUCACCCCAGCUCCUCGUCCAUCAUCGGUUCGACCAAGUACUGCGUCUUCCAUCCCAUUACGGUCACUCCGAAAGUGGUGCAAGACAACGUGACUGAACGCCUGACCAGGCUCGGAUCAGAGACCGUGGACCUUCUACAGUUCCACUGGCAAGACUAUUCGGAUCCUCAGUACAUCAAGGCUCUUCAGCUACUCGAGAAAGACUCGCGGGUGACGGUCCUCGGGCUGUGCAACUUCGAUUCUAAGCACCUUCAGCAUGUCAUCGACAGCGGUAUCCAUGUUGCAACCAACCAGGUGCAGUUCUCGCUGAUUGACUCGCGGCCCACAUUUAAGAUGGGCGACAUCUGUGAGAAGCACAACAUCAAACUUCUGACAUACGGAACACUGUGCGGUGGAUUUCUGGCCGACAAAUGGCUUGGGCAGGAGGAGCCCGAACUUUUCGUGCAGAACAUCACGCCGAGCCAACGGAAGUACUUCGAGAUGAUCAAUACCUGGGGAGGCUGGACCCUCUUCCAAGAGUUGCUGGCCGUGCUCUCGCGGAUUGCGGAAAAACACUCGGUAGGCAUUUCCAAUGUGGCGACGCGCUGGGUGCUGGAUUUCCCAUACGUCGGCGCCGUCAUUGUGGGUGCGAGGAUGGGGGUCAGUGAGCACGCGGAUGAGAACUUGGCCUCGUACGGCUGGCAAUUGGACGAGGAAGACAAUGCAGCCAUCGACCAAGUGCAAGCCAAGAGCAGGAGAGCGCAACUCUUCGAUGAGAUGGGCGACUGUGGAUCGGAAUACCGGUAG